CAAAAAUUCAAAGACGACAAGCUCUUAACAGAUUAGAACACAGUUGAAGAAAAGUCAAAGCUUCAGAAGGCCACAACAAUGGCUUCCAAAUUCUCCAUGGAAGACACCAUACAAAGAAUAGUAAACGACCUCGAAAUGACUCAAACUUCGAUUUCAGAAUCAACCCUAAUUGACCUACAAACCCUAUUAGAUCACACUCUCAAAACCAAAGACCCAUUAGAUAUUGAAGAUUUUUACGAUGAAUUAUCUUCAAGAAAAAUCUCACCCACUUCAUUAAUCAACUCAAUUUCUUCAACCAUGGACUCAGCACCUCUAAAUACUUCACUUUUAGCUUCAAAAGUUUACUUAUCUCUACUUCUCACCCCUAAUUCCCCCGUUUUCACACUCUUCACUCCCAUGGCUUUUCUCUCGCUGCUUCGUUCAAUUCGUAAGGGUUUUAAGCCACCCUCUUCGAUUUCCUCAAAUGGGUCGGGCUCGAAUAGUCAAGGGAAGAAGAAGAAAGGGAGGUCCCGGUCCGGUCCGGGUCGAAAAGGAGGAGGGAGAAAUGGUGAGGAUAGUGAAUAUGAGAGUGAGUUUGAUGUUAGGGUUUUGUUCAUUGUGCUUGAGAGGUUGAUAUUGGUGUUAGGUUUGGUGCAUUUGGGUAGGUUUCCGGAUUGUUUGAGGAGUUUGGUACAAACUAUGGCUGAAAUUGCAGUUACAGCAGUUGACUUAUGUGGGGGUUAUUAUGGGAGAUUUUGUGAUAUAUGCAAUCAGAUUAUGAGUGAAGUGCUAAAAAAUGAACAUGGGGAUCAAAAGAAUUCAGCUGUUGAGGUAUUAAAGUCAGUAACACCUUUGAUUUUAUUGGUUAAAUCACCAGCAAAGACUUUAGCUUUGGAAUUUGUGGUGAAUAGAAUGAUCAUGGGGUUGGCGAAAGAAUCCGAUGAUAUAAAAGAAGCAGUUCUGAAUUUGCCAAGGUACAUUGUGCAAAAGGCACCCGAAAAGGCUGAGGCAAGGGCUGCAGCUGUUGAAGCCAUUGUGGAAAUGGUUAAAGUUAUAGACUUUGAGGAUCAAGACAGGUUUGCUAGUUAUGUAGUGAAGAUGAGCCAAGGGAAACCACAGCUGAGGUUAUUAGCUGUGGACCUUAUUCCAGCUUUAAUGAUGUCGUUAAAUGAUCCGUUCGGGUGGGAUUUGGAUGUUGAGGUUGAGAAUCCUUGGGGUUUGAGUUGUUUGGAGGCGUUGAUUCAGCGUUGCUCUGAUGUAACUGCUGGAACAAGGGCUCGGGCUUUGACGAAUUUGGCUCAACUGGUUGGGUUCUUUUCGGGGAAUGAUAAGGGAAGAGCAUUGUUGAAGAAGUUUCUGGGGUUUGACUCAGUUGGAAACGAAAUGCCCGAAAGUUUAAUGAAUGGUAUUUUGAAGAAACGGUGUAUGGACGAGAAGGCUGCAGUCAGAAAGGCUGCUCUUCUUGUAAUAUCUAAGUUGACAUCCUUUUCGGACAGUGCUCCAGAUGAAGAUUUUCUUAAGACAUUGGGCAUGUCAUGUUCUGAUCCACUUGUUAGCAUAAGGAAAGCUGCAAUUUCAGCUCUUUCAGAGGCAUUUAGGAUAUUCACAGAAAGAAAUGUAGUUAAGGAGUGGCUACAUUCCAUUCCUCGUCUAAUAGCUGAUAAUGAAUCUAGCAUACAAGAAGAGUGCGAGAAUCUGUUCCUAGAAUUGGUUCUUGAUCGGAUUUCUAGAGUUGGAUCCAGCAAUUCCGUGAAGCAUGCAUCUGACAGUAGUUCAAAUGGCAAGGCAGCAACUAUAGAGAUGGAAAAGGAGUUGUUGUAUCCUCAAGGAGUCCUAGGUAUAUUGAGAGAGAUAUGCGAUGGAGAGGUGACACCAUGGGUGAAGAAGAUCUGCACAAGUUUAGGAAAGAAGAAAAAACUCAAACCUAAGAUUGUAAUUACACUUCAAAAGAUCAUAAGGUCAUCUGAAUCUCUGUGGUUGAGCAAUUCCAUGCCAAUAGAUAAGUGGACAGCUCCUCCAGGUGCUUGGUUUCUACUCUCAGAGGUGUCAGCAUACCUUUCCCGAGCUACGGAUUGGGAAUUCCUCCAUCAUCAUUGGCAGAUCCUUGACAAGUAUAAAGCCACUGGUGAUCAUGAUAGCGAGGAAGGGCUAAAUACAACAUCAAACACUUUUUCAUGGGCUGCAGAUCGUGUAUAUCUUUUGCAAACAAUCGCUAAUGUUUCGUUGGAUCUGCCUCCUGAGCCUGCGGCAGAUCUGGCUCAUAACCUUCUUCAACGUCUAGAGGAGUUUAACAUGCAUCCGACAGAGGUUAGUGCUCACCUGAACGCACUCAAAACUUUGUGCAAGAGGAAGGCUCUUAACCCUCAAGAGGCUGAUUGCCUUGUUAUGAAAUGGGUAAAUCAGCUAUUAUCCAAAGCUUCUAGAAUUCUUGAUGCGUACAUGUCAAAGAGUAUGGAAGAACAGGGAAAUGAUAUCUUUCUCACACCAUUUGGGGGUACGACUGGCAAGGGAAAAAGAACAGUGGCAUCACACUCUAAAACACUACAACAAACAAUGACUGCAGUUCAUACUAUUGGAUCUUUAGUUAUUAUUUGUCCUUCAGCUAAUGUAUCAACCGUUGUUCCCAUUUUACACACGAUCAUUACUUCCGGUACCAGUAGCACUAGACCUAAGAAACCAGCAGAGCCUUCCAUUUCCAUAAAGCAGACUGCUCCUUCCUUAUAUGUUCAAGCUUGGCUAACCAUGGCCAAGAUCUGCCUCGCUGAUGGAAAACUUGCAAAGCGCUAUAUUCCUCUGUUUGUCCAGGAGCUUGAAAAGGGUGAUUGUGCUGCCCUCCGCAACAACAUAGUUGUAGUCAUGGCAGAUUUCUGGGUACGGUACACUGCUCUAGUUGACUGUUACCUACCAAAGAUCACCAAAAGUCUACGUGAUUCAUCUGAAGUUGUUAGAAGGCAGACAUUUAUACUUCUAUCCAGACUUUGCCAGAGAGACUAUGUCAAGGUGAAAGGAGUACUUUUCUUUCGGUUCCUGUUAUCUCUUGUUGAUGAAUCAGAGAAGAUAAGACAAUUGGCUGAUUAUCUAUUUGGAAAUAUAUUAAAAGGUAAAGAACCACUUUUAGCCUAUAAUAGUUUUGUAGAAGCCAUGUUUGUGCUGAAUGACUGCAACCCUCAUACCGGAUGUAGCAAUCCUCAGAAUUCACGAAAUGAAACACGGCUUUUUUCUAUACGAGGAAAUGAUGAGAAGUCGAGGUCUUCAAGAAUGCACAUUUAUGUGACAUUGUUAAAACAAAUGGCUCCAGCACACGUACUAGCCACAUUUGCCAAAAUAUGUGCCGAGAUCCUUGCUGCUGCAUCUGAUGGUUUGCUUAGUAUUGACGAUGUGACUGGACAGUCUGUUUUGCAGGACGCUUUCCAAGUUCUUUCUAGUAAGGAGAUACGAAUUUCCUCUAGCCGCGGGUCAACCUCAGAAUCAGCGGACGUGGAAGAAGAAGGGGCAGAUGGAGGAGCAUCCUCAGCAGCAAACGGAAAAGCAAUAACACAAGCAGUCAAGAAAAGCUUAAUCCAGAAUACAAUCCCCAUCUUUAUAGAGUUAAAACGUCUACUCGAGAGCAAAAACAGUCCUCUUACUGGUUCUCUCAUGGAAUGCCUUAGGAACCUUCUCAAGGAUUACAAGAAUGAGAUUGAUGACAUGUUGGUUGCUGAUAAACAACUCCAGAAAGAGCUCAUUUACGACAUGCAAAGAUAUGAAACAAUGAAGGCAAAAUCAGCUGCUGCCGAAGCAGUUGCAACCAUGCAAAGAUCAGAGCUUUAUCGCUCGCCAAGUAAUCCUAAAGCAAAUUCAAGCUUCAGAAACAAGAAAUCUGAUGAGGGAAAUACAAAAAUAGCUUCAGCCGUGGCAGAUGCAGUGGCGGCUGUCGCAGCUCGGUCAGUGCUCAGGGAAGUGAAUAAAGGAACAUUAACUCCUCCACUUAGUGCAAUGAAGACACCUAGGCUCAAGUCUAACUCAGGUGGAACAUUUAGUAGAAGAGACAUGCCUGCUGAAGUGAUUGAGUCUUUAAGGAGAAGGCCAACUUUUGAUUCUGAUGAAGAAAACUGAUUUCUCAUUCCAUAUACAUUAAUGGAAAUUAGUAGCUCAAAUCCUUUUGCAAUGUAACUGUAGCUAACUUUUUGCCUUUCUUUUCCAAGAGGAAGAAGGCAUUGUAAAUAGUUUUGUAGCUCAGUAUAUGAUGCUGAAACAGUCCUUAUUAACAAAAAAACAUCUCCACGGCUAAAAUGGUCAUAUGGUAUUUCUUUUCUUGA